CUAUUUUCAAGGGGGCGCAGUAGUUUUCAAAGCGUCGAAUUGACGUGUGUGUGAUUGCGAAGUUGCGUAGUGUUGUCAAAAGAAUUUGCUCGGCGAGGGGAAUUUGCAAAUGGAGGAGGAAAUAACUGUUUUUCUUUGAACAACGGCAGGUGGAGAAAACAAAAUGUCUGAGGCUCGUUACGAAAAAUUCCUCUCUCCCGAGGAGCACUUUCCACUACUGCUGUCUCAGCGAGGGAACAUCAGUGAGGCAGGCACAUUGGAUGUCAGUGACUUUGGCUGUCAGUUAUCCUCUUGUCACCGGACAGACCCUCUACGCCGCUUCCAUAGUAACAGAUGGAACCUGACUUCUUGUGGAACCAGUGUGGCCAGCUCAGAAUGCAGUGAGGAGCUGUUCUCCUCCGUCUCCGUGGGAGACCAGGAGGACUGCUACUCCCUUUUGGACGACCAGGAGUUCACCUCCUUUGACCUGUUCCCGGAGGGCAGCGUCUGCAGUGACGUGUCUUCCUCUAUCAGCACUUACUGGGACUGGUCAGACAGCGAAUUUGAGUGGCAGUUGCCUGGAAGUGACAUAACCAGUGGAAGUGAUGUGCUCUCUGACAUCAUACCCAGUGUUCCCAGCUCCCCUUGCCUCUCCUCCAAUAGAAAGACCAAACCACAUAGAAAUUUGGAUGAGCUCCCCUGGAGUGCUAUGACCAAUGAUGAACAGGUGGAAUAUAUUGAAUAUCUGAGCAGAAAGGUCAGCACAGAGAUGGGGCUACGAGAGCAGUUGGACAUCAUCAAGAUCAUUGACCCGUGUGCACAGAUAUCCCCUACAGACAGCGAGUUCAUAAUUGAGCUCAACUGCCUGACAGAUGAGAAACUGAAACAGGUGAGGAACUACAUCCGGGAGCACAGUCCGCGGCAGCGCCCCAGCAGCACCCGGGACAGCUGGAAGAGGAGUGGCCACAGCAGUGCUAGCACUAGUGGGGUGAGUGGGGCAAGCAGCAGCAAUGCUAGCUUGGUCAGCAGUGCCAGCAGCUCCACCGGAUCCACAGGCUCCACGUCCAACUGCAGCACAGCUAACAUCAGCCGUGCCCACAGCGACGGGAACCUGUCCAGUGCCGCUGAGCGCAUCCGUGACUCCAAGAAACGCUCUAAGCAGAGGAAGCUGCAGCAGAAAGCCCUGCGUAAGAGACAGCUGAAGGAACAGAGACAGGCCCGCAAGGAGAGGCUGAGUGGCCUGUUCCUCAACGAAGAGGUGCUGUCACUCAAAGUCACAGAGGAGGAGGACCGUGUAGAAGACGUGGUCGACGUCUUGAUGUGACAAGAAUGAAUGAGUCAGUGUUCCCUCUAAGCCUCACAAUAACAUCCUCCAGUAAUGUCACAGCUGGUCCCACACCCAGUCAUAUUGAAGCAAAGCUGCCCAAUUGGGACCGUUCUUGAGUUCUAAUUGAUGUCCUUAGAUCUGGACGCCUGCACACACAAAAAUGGUUCUAGUUCUCUUUUUUCUCUCCAUAGCUUUAUGUCUUAAUGUAUGAACAUUGGGAGUAGGAUUCUGCUGAGGCAAAUAUUGAAUGUGAGUAUUCAAGUAAAACGACCAAAUGUAACUUAAAAUAAGCUUAAACUUCCUAAUUCUUUGUGGUUCAUUUAAUCUUGAAGGCAUAGAGGGAACACUGAGUCACUGCAUGGGAAGUCAUCACCAUUGGCAUAAUGAGUUAUAAAUGCUUAACACAGCUUCUUUUGUUUUUAUUGAAUUUGUAUAAAUGCAGUUAAUCAUAAAGAACAGUUUUUACAUCAAGUUUCCCCUUUAAGUUAAAAUAUGAAGGCUUACACAUUCAUAAAUGCAACAUGGUUACAUGGUAAUACAGUGUUGGCCUCUAACAACUCUCCAUAGCUUUUUAUUUUCCAUGUCUUUUGUGCAUGGAGUCUAGGGUUGAGCAUGACAUGUAAAAUAAUGCAGAUAUCCAUUGCAUUGCACACGGGAGAUAUUUUUAUGUUGCUGAAUGACAUGAAAAUGUCUAUGACUGCAUUGUCUUUGAAUGGGAAGGUAUUUCAUGAUGUCCUGGCUUACUCCUUGGCUAUUGGUCCUAUCCUGUAGAACGCUUUAUUCUUUAAACUUCAACAGGUAACACUAACUGCUGUACAUUAGAAAAUGUAUUUACCUUAGAAGCAUUAGUUUGCUUAUACUUCUGUAUAAAGUUAUGCUUUUAAGUAAUUCUGAAAACAAUAUAGAUCAACUAGAUAUUGUGAGUAUAUCUUUAUUUUGAAUGAAAGAGAUGAUUAAUAGCCAUGAAACAACUAUUUCUGUAAUUGUUGUACCAUUCAUUCUGGGGAGGAAAGGUCAACGGACCAAGAUGGGACGUAUUUGUUGCUGCUUUCUUGGAAGUCCAAUUAUAUAAGUUGUUGUGUAUGUCACAACCAUGUAUUUACUGACCUGCCCGAGGUGUUGGAAAUAUAGUGUUGCAGAACAGAAGCAUACCAGAACUCAGUUUCAAUAGUAAUGUAACGCAGAAUGAGGAAUAAAUUGCCAUCGAUGCAUCAUA